UUGUCAGAUUGUGUUUUCUUUUGAGAGAAAAUUUCCCACCUGACAUAUGAGCAUUCAUUCUAAGGGGAACGAGCGAGCUUACUUUGCCCUUCCGGGAGGGGGGUAUAGAGGGAGGCGGCCUGCUGAGGCCCUGCCCGACGGGGGAUUUGUUCGAGUGAUGGGCGGGCGGAGCGACGGCCGAAGCCUGCCAGCUUGCCUAGCCUCGUUAGAGGGAGCUGUCGGCCGGAGGGAGCGGUGCUUGCUGCAGUGAGGGACCCGCUCCUGCUUUUUGCCACUGCAUCCACCUCCUCGGGAGCCAGAGAGAGAGACUCGCCGAGUCGAGUUAGCAGAAAGAGGCGGAGGUGGCGACGGGCCGUCACGGCGGAUCCUCUUUCGGUAGAAGGGGUGGGCGAGGGCUCGUACGGCCCUGUGGUAGCCACGGUCGCCGCCGCUACUGCUGCUACUACUAUGAAUCUCGCAAGCUCCUUGGAGCCGGCCUGGGGAAGAAAGCCGGCCGGUCGGAGGGAGCUGCAAAUGGAAUAGGGAGCCGGCACCCAGCGCUCCCAGCUCCUUACGUUGGGGCCAGGCUAGCCAUCUCCGUGUCCAUGAGCCCGCCGUCCUUCUGUCAGAGCUGCUGCUGCUGCCGCUGCCGCCGCCGCCCCCGCCACCUCAUUCACCAGCAGCCGCUAACUAAGGCGCACGCGUUUGCUGCUCCCGGGCCCAGCUCCCUCGGCCUUGCCAUCUCCUUCCCUCUGCGCAGCAGAAGGAAAAGACUACAGACUCCAGUGUGAAGAGAAUGGCUGUGACUUUAGAACAGGCCCAAAGGGCGGCCUAUAUAUUUCUGAAAGCACUCUUAAGAUUUGGCUUCAUGGUUGCCAAUAACCUUGUCGCUAUUCCAUCCUACGUUCUAUAUUUAAUAGUACUACAACCUCUCCGAUUUUUGGAUAGUAAAUGGUUCUGGUAUAUUGAAGGAGUAUUAUUUAAAUGGCUUUUAGCUAUGGUGGCCUCCUGGGGCUGGUGGGCAGGAUAUACAGUCAUAGAAUGGGGAGAUGAUGUUAAAACCAUUUCAGAAGAUGAAGCUGUGAUGCUGGUGAACCAUCAAGCAACAGGAGAUGUUUGCACUCUAAUGAUGUGCCUUCAGGACAAAGGCACGGUUGUUCGUCAGAUGAUGUGGCUGAUGGAUCAUAUUUUUAAAUAUACAAACUUUGGAAUUGUAUCUCUAAUUCACGGAGACUUCUUUAUAAGACAGGGAAAAGCUUACCGUGACCAGCAGCUUGUGCUUCUCCAGGAACAUGUAGAAAAAUAUUAUAGGAACCGUGAUCGGAAGUGGAUUGUAUUGUUUCCAGAAGGUGGUUUUCUUAGAAAAAGAAGAGAAACCAGUCAGGCAUUUGCCAAGAAAAACAAUUUGCCAUUUCUUACACAUGUUACACUGCCAAGACUGGGGGCCACACAAGUUAUACUGAAAAAUUUGGUAGCUCAACAAGAAAAUGGAACUCUGGCAGGCGGAGAUGCUGCAGAAGCAGAAAGUAAAUCAAAAGGUCUUCAGUGGGUGAUAGAUACAACCAUUGCAUAUCCCAAAGCUGAACCCAUAGACAUCCAGACCUGGAUUCUUGGUUACAGGCGACCAACAAUUACACAUGUACAUUACAGGAUUUUUCCAAUUAAAGAUGUACCUGUUGAGCCUGAAGCACUCACCACUUGGUUGUAUCAACGGUUCAUUGAAAAGGAGGAUCUUUUGUCACACUUCUACAAAACAGGGGCCUUCCCCACUUUGCCCGGACAGACAGAAGUGGUUUCCCGGGAGAUGACCCUUAGCAAUUUGUGGCUAAUCCUCGUACAGUUCUUUGCAUUUUUGUCAGGUGGUAUGUGGUACUGCAUUCUUCAGUAUUUUUAUCAAUGCCUAUUUUAAAAGGUGAAUGAAUGGGACCUAAGUACACAAUGAGGAACUUGGUACUUUACAGAGUGCAUCAUGUUACGUGCAAAUGCGAAUACAGCAGGAAAAAGGAACAUACUGGAUGGACUUCCUUCCCUUGGGAGGAUUUUAAACUCCACAAGGAGACAGAAUACAGUAAUACAGUGACCUAAUUAUGUAUUUUAAGAACUGUCCAUAUUUUUAAAGACUGUGUCUCCUCACACACCUACAUCAGCAAAUACAGCAUUUGAACAGGAGAUGCAACUAUACAGCUAUCACAGGUGAACAUCAGCAGCAGGAAUGCUUUCACCACGGAUAGUAUUCAACAUUGUAGUAAAAACUUGGACUCUUCAGCAACUUUCUCUCCAGUAGUCUGUACUGCAAGUCUUGUGGUAGAGAUCCCUCAUCUGCACAAACUCAAGUUGUAUUGUAAUUAAUCACGCUGGAUCUGUUUCAUGUACUCUGCAGACCUGGUUAUGGUAUUGUGACUGCCCCAUGUUACCUGUUUAGUAGAGACAUCUUAACUUUUUUGGGGGGGUGAAUAUCUCAGUGAGAUAGUGUAUUGGAAAGCUAGAAAAGCAAAAGGCAUUACAGCGUCACGAAGUAUUGAAAAAAUUGUGCAUACCUCAUAGACCCAUCUGUUCUUACCAUGUUUACUGUCUUUAAACUUCUCAUAAGGGUGCUUCAAAACUGGCACAUCACAUAAUCUGCUUCCCAUUUUGGUUUUAGAAUGCAUUUUGUAAAUUGAUAAGUAUGUUUUUUCUUUUUUACAAAAUGCACUUUUGAAAAUGCAAUACAGCAACAGAAAAUUGCAUAGCUUGAAAGAAAUUUAAUGCUGUUCCUGGCAGAUUGGAUUCUUGAUAGCUAUUAGCAGUUCAGGAAGGUCUGGGGAUUGUCAACGCUAAAGGGUUCGAGUUGCCACAGUCUAGGCAAGGUGAUGUGUGUUAGCUGUGCUGUUUUUAACCUUUAUAGAGGCCUUUAUUUCCAUUUGACACAAUAGCACUUGGAACAUCUGUGAGAAGGUUUAUGUAUGUAUAUGCCAAGUUCCUCAAUAUUUUGCUUAUAGGAAAAAUAAAAGGAAGUUAGCAAAGUCACAAAACAAUAUAUCUAGUCAUUGGGUAAAACAAUAGGAAAACACUUGCUUUACCAUCCUGAAGUAGUGUGAAAAUUCUCUGAACCAUGAAGAACGUUACAAAGUCUGCCAUCUGGCUGAAAAAUGUCACUGUCAUAGAAAGGGAAUUUAAUUUAAGAGGCGGAAUGACAGUAAAGCAGGAUAUCAGAUUAUAACAUUACAGUUUUUGAAGGAAAGGUCUUUAUGUUUUAUCUAUCAGUCUUGGAAUAUUUGGCUGUAUGAAUAUAUGAAGAUAUAUUUUAAAAAAACCAGUUCCUAGGAAGCAGUUUCUAAUUUCCAUAUACAGUAGUGUAAGCAAAACUUGAAUGACAGAAUGUUGUCUUUUUAUGGACUGUAAGUUUUUCUGAGAGCAAAGCCAAGCAACAGCAGCUGUCUGUGCUGAAUUUGAGGUAUAUAUUCUCCUGGGGGUUUUCCCCCCCAAAAUCACAUGAGAACCAGUUUUGGUGAGUAGUAUAUAAAAUAAAAAUAUAAAACCAAAGCAUCAUAUAUUUUUUUCUUUUGUUUUGAGUGGGGAAGAGGGACAAUGGGAAAAGAUGAAUUUCCCCUAGCUAUGUGAAUGAGCUGUAGCUGUACUGCCUUCAAGUCGAUUCUGACUUACGACAACCCUAUGAAUAGGGUUUUCAGGGUAAGCGGUAUUCAGAGGUGGUUUACCAUUGCCUUUCUCUGAAGCUGAGAGGCAGUGACUGGCCCAAGGUCACCCAGUGAGCUUUAUGGCUGUGUGGGGAUUGGAACCCUGGUCUCCCAGGAAAUGUCAAUUAAGUACGACAACGAGUGUUCAUAGAAUCGUAGAGUUAGAAGGGGCCUAUAAGGCCAUGGAGUCCAACCUCCUGCUCAAUGCAGGAAUCCAAAUCAAAGCAUACCCAACAGGUGGCUGUCCAGCUGCCUCUUGAAUGCCUCCAGUGUUGAAGAGCCCACCACCUCCCUAGGUAAUUAUUUCCAUUGUCAUACUGCUCUAACAGUUAGGAAGUUUUUCUUGAUGUUCAGUCGAAAUCUGGCUUCCUUCAAUUUGAGCAAAUUAUUGUGUCCUGCACUCUGGGAUGAUCAAGAAGAGAACCUGGCCCUCUGUGUGGCGACCUUUCAAGUACUUGAAGAAUGCUAUCAUAUCUCCCCUCAGUCUUCUCUUCUCAAGGCUAAACAUAAUAAUGAAAUGCAUUUCAGCAUGGAUGACAACAAUAUCCGUCCUUCAUUCUAGAAGAUACUUUGGAACAUUUCAAUGGAAUGAGACCAUCACAGAUACAAGGCAAAAGGUCAUUAGUGUGUUCUUCCCUUGAGCAUAAAAUAUGGGUUCUUAAGCCUGCUUUUUUGACCUUUAGGUAGUUGAGAACCAGUGUAAGAAUAAAAUCCAUUUUAAGUAAAGUAAUUCUUGCAAAAGGAAGCAGUGUGUGGGUUGGGGGAGGGGACAGUUCUUUGGUUUUUAAUCCUGUUUAGCGAUUAAUCCUAUAGACUUGUUGAGCUAUAGCAAGCAGUGUGCUUCAUUUGCCGCAUAGCAGGAAGUUGUUAUGGAGUUCAUUUGAUAUAUGUAGCUAUAAAUCAGAGCUUCAGUCUGAACAACAAGCUUAUUGAACUGGGAUGCAAAGCAGCAGCUGUUGUUCAGCAUUUAGUUUAUUUGGACAUAUGACCUAAUUUAAGAUAAGACAAGGUUAAAUAUAAGUAGUAAAAACUAGGUAUGCAGUUUCCUGCUUUCUUAACAAAUAUUAGCCACCUGCACUAAUACAGCUCCCACGCUUUGCAGAUACUGUUCUAUGUUGUCUAGAAUAUUAUAAAUACUGAUUUGUUCUUUAUUGAAACAGAAGUGGAUAACCAUAGAGUUCAAUGCACUCUGAUCACCUGUUUCAAUAUGUUCCUUUUUAACAUGGCAAAAUGUUAUUGGCAGUGAUGGUCAUUUGAACAAGGUAGACUAGAACCAUGACCCCAACUACAUUGUAUGAAGUGGAAUCAGUAAAACUUGCUUCCAAAUAACAUGAUUGGAUGGAAGUUACAUUAGACUUGAUUUUUUUCUUCCCUUCUGUCACAUGUCUGUACUGGAAAAUGUGAAGAAGGUUAGAUCAUUGUGUCUCCUUUAUGGUUGAACCAGGAGAAACUGAAAAUACAUCGUUUUUAGGAACGCCUAAAAUAAAAGCACCUUCCUGUUCUCAGCUUGGACUAUUAUCUUCAAACUACCUGUUUGUUCUGCGGUAGCCACAUUGAAUUCAACAGGAUCAAAUCCAGGAUAUAUUUUAGGACUACAAAAGAAUAGAAAGUAAUUAGUUAAAGAGAAAAUUUUUAAAAAUACGUUUUUGUUUGUAUGAAAUGCUGUAUAUAUGCAAUCCGCUGGUCUAGUCUGUUUUGAGCAUAGCAGUUCAGCUGAAAACUCGCAGAAUUCCUGUGCGUUAUUGUUGGCUUACCAGUUCAGCCAUCCAUCUAAUACAGCAUUUCAUAGUGAGAGGUGAGUGGGCAUUGCCUGGUCCUCUGCCUCCUCACAUUCAUUAUGUUAUAAAGAGGAGAGGGGAAGAGUAAUUACUUCUUGGAACAUAAUGAAUUCCCUCAACAUCCUUUGCAUCACCUAAUUCCAGAUAGAUAGUAUCAUGUUAAUACCUGUAUUAGUUAAUCUAGGUGAGCACCUUACAGUUCCAAAUUUGCAGUCACUAAUUCUCGUUUCACUACAGGCAUGAAAGAGGUGUGUUGAUAUCAUGAUAUCAAAAUAGUUGAAGGCUAGAAAGAGGCUACUAAUUUGUGUUAAACUAUUUGAGUAUGCACCCUUGCUUUCUCUCUGAAGAUAUACAGUGUGCUGCCAGCUCUCAUGCUUCAGUUUCCCAUACCUGUAUAUCACUAUAUGGACAUUAGCUAUGGGACAGGUCUUGAUUGCAUGGGAUCAUCAUGCAAAACUCACAUGGGUGAUUCAGGCAGUAUGCACCAAUUACAUGUACGUGCACACACAUUUUUAGCAGCUUCACUGUGGAGGCUGUAAUGUUAGAACUGGCCCUUGGACACCUGAAUAAUGGGGGCUUCUUUGGCAAAGUGUGAAAGGUGGAUGGCAGCAAUCUAUUCAUACAGCCCAUUUUGCUAUGACUUGCAUACUUUCUGUUCAGAACAGUUUAUGUGUAGAAUAAAAUCCCAACAGAAUAUUGUUUUAGCAAAUAUAAUGGUUUAACAUGGGACAGUUGCAUUUCAUUGUGGAAGAUGUGUACAGUAGAAAACACAAACAUUACUGUUCUUAACUUUAGUGUGGGUGUUGGAAAUUCAACUCAAUCUAUUCUCAAUCUUGCAAAUUAACAUUAGUCUGAUAAAUAGGUAGUACAUCAUCUGAAGAUUUUAAACAUUGUUAAGACCAAUAAAUCAUUUAUUAACAAGAAACCAUCAAGGCCUUAACAGUUUUAGAUUAAAGCAAUGUGUGCCAUUCACACAGAUCUCCUCCCCGCCUCCCAAGCUGAUAAUCACUUUUCUGCAAGCUUACGUUUACAUAUUAUACUAUUUUAUCAAGAACUUAUAUGAGUAAAUCUUACUUUAAAGAUCCAAAGAUUUUGUGGUAUUCAGGCAGCAAGAUUAUACUCCUUUGAAACCCAACCAAAAUAUGAGGGAUCUUAAGACUAGUUUGCAUACUUGCACAUUUGUGUGACUUGAUUAUUCAGCAAUUGAUGACUUACAGCUGAAUGUGUGAACGGCUUUUGUUGAAAAGGGAUGCAUUUUGAAGUGAUAUGAAGUCUCUGAACAGCUGUGGCUCUUUGAUGUUGUCAUUGAUUGAUUGAACAUGCGUAUGUGAACUGGGCCGCUCUUAAUAUAAUUAUGGGCGGGGGGGAAACAGCCACCCUUUAAUCCACCACCUUCUGCAGCAGUGCUUGGUGGUUUGUGCCCCAAAGCUGCCUUUCUUCCUCUUUACUGUUCAGUGCUGUGAAUCACUCCAUCUGUCAGUAGAAAACAAGAAUAUCAAACAACUGUGUGCGGCAGCAGUUCAGACUUUGCGAAUUAUGUCUAGACAAAAUUUACACACACUUGGGACCAAAGUUAAUGAUUUUUUUGGACUUCUCAGACGACAGGUUGGUAUGAAGGAAUGGUAUUGAAAGAGUGAUUGACCGUGGCUUUCUAUUUCUACCAGAACCAGAUAUGCUAAAGAAAGCUUAUAGCUGAAGCUGCUGUACUAUAUGUGUGAGGGAUCAAAAAGAACUACAUGAAAAAUUAUGUAUAAAAUAGCAUGUUGUGCAGUUAUAUGCUUGUGUAAGGAAGAAGUUGGAAAGGGAAAAUAAAACUAAGCUGCAAGUAGUUGUGAAUUGCUUUUGUUUCUAUUGCACAAAAUUUAUAGGUUCUUCUGUUGUAUACCUGUCUACAAAAAUUCCUAAAAUAUGGUGGUUUAAAGAAAGACUAUGCAUUUUAUUGUUACACUUCUUAAAUUUCCAGUACAACCUUACGUCUGUUUUUUUUUUUUCCUUCCCCUAUCUUCUUCGUUUUAUGCCACAUAUGAUCGGAAUGAAUGCAGGCACCAUGAUGUGAUUCUAUUAAAGGACUCCUCAAAUUUGGACUUAAGUUUUGAGUUGACUUCUUUCUUAGAUACUUUUUCAUAUUAAAAUAAUUAAACAAUCAAUAUUCUUUUAUA